AAAUAUUGCAACCAUAAAAUAUGUUAGUAUACAAGAUUGAACAUGCAUCCAUUGUAUUUAUAAUCUAGUCAGAUUAUUGUAUUAAAUUAGCUUCUAACCACUUUUUUACUAUAUAGUUUUAUCCUUUAUUGACUCUUAACUAAUUUCAAACAUACUAUACUGUCAGAUCUCUGAAUCUAAUUGCUAGAUCCUGCUUAAUUCAAAUGCAACCACAUGCUUGUUCAUCAAACUAUCUAAGAUUUUCUUGCAGCAUAACAGAAUCAUCAUGAUUAUCAAAGUAUCUAAGAUAUUUAUGCUUAGCACACUUAUCUUAAUCUUAAUUAUUACCAUAACAGAAACUUCGGCAUCUGUGUUCAACAAUGCUACUUGCACAAACAACAAAACAUUUACACAAAACAGUACUUUUCAUUCAAAUCUCAAAACCCUUCUCUCAUCACUUUCUUCUAAUGUAACAAAUGAUGUUAGAUUCUUCAACACAACAUCAGGAAAAGGUUUAGACAAAGUCUAUGGUCUUUCUAUGUGUCGUGGAGAUGUUCCAUUUGCUUUAUGUAGAGAGUGUAUUGGUUUUGCAACACUAACAAUACCAAAAUAUUGUCCUUCUUCAAAAGAAGCUGUGAUUUGGUAUAACGAGUGUUUGUUAAGAUAUUCAUAUAGAUUCAUCUUCUCAAAAAUGGAAACUUUACCAAGAUAUAAGAUUGAGAUUCCACUGGGGGAUCCUGUUUUGUUACAAAGUAAAGGGUUUUAUGCUGCUUUAGGAUCUGUUUUGAAUGUGCUUCCAAAUGAAGCUGCAGUUUCUAUUGGUAGUUUCAACAAAUAUGCUGUUAAACAAGAAAAUGCUUCUGUUAGUGUGACGCUUUACGGUCUUGCUCAGUGUACACCGGACUUGUCAGCCGGGGAUUGUAGGCGGUGUAUUGAGGAUGCGGCCGCGGAGUUUCCUAAGGCUUGUUGUGGAGGUAGCAUAGGGGAAACUAUUUUGUUUCCAAGUUGUUUUGUUAGAUAUGAGACUUAUCCGUUUUAUCUGCAUUCUGGAACAUCGGCAUCAAUAGCAACUUCAAAUAAGGGGGGAAGAAAUAUUUCAACACAUUUGAUUGCCAUCAUUGUUGUCUUGGUUGUCAUUUUGGUGGUGAUUUUUUGCAUUGGCGGCUAUUUCUUAUGGAUAAAAGCGAAGAAGAGACGCAAGGCUAGUCACAAAGAAAACCUUGGGCUUGAAUUUAGUAACUCCGAGUCCUUGGAAUUUGAUUUUGCUACAAUUGAAAUAGCAACAAACAAUUUUUCUGAUGAUAGCAAAAUUGGCAAAGGGGGAUAUGGACAAGUCUACAAGGGAACACUUCCUAAUGGACAAGAAAUAGCUGUGAAGAGACUGUCGAAAACUUCUGGUCAAGGAGCAGAAGAAUUCAAAAAUGAAGUGAUGUUAAUAGCCAAACUUCAACACAGAAAUUUGGUGAGGUUAAUAGGAUUUUGCCUUGAAGAUCAAGAAAAGAUACUUAUCUAUGAAUAUGUGCCUAACAAAAGUCUUGAUCACUUCCUAUUUGAUUCUCGGAAGCAAAAACAAUUAACUUGGCCUGAACGGUAUAAUAUCAUAAAAGGAAUUGCUCGAGGAAUUCUUUAUCUUCAUGAAGAUUCUCGUCUCAAGAUUAUACAUCGCGAUAUUAAACCAAGCAAUGUACUUCUAGAUAACAACAUGAUUCCAAAAAUCUCUGAUUUUGGCAUGGCAAGGAUGGUAGAUAUAGAGCAAAUUCAAGGACACACAAAUAGAGUUGUGGGGACAUAUGGUUACAUGUCUCCAGAAUAUGCAAUGCACGGACAAUUUUCAGUGAAGUCCGAUGUUUUCAGUUUUGGAGUUAUGGUUCUCGAGAUUAUUAGCGGAAAAAAGAAUUCAUGUAGUUUUGAAUCAUGUCGUGUUGAUGAUCUCUUGAGUUAUGCUUGGAACCAGUGGAAAGGUGAAUCUCCAUUUGAAAUGCUGGAUCCAGUUAUGCAAGAAUCUUAUGCUCCAAAUGAAGUAGAAAAAUGUGUGCAAAUUGGUUUAUUGUGUGUCCAAGAAAAUCCAGAUGAGAGGCCUACAAUGGGAACUGUUGUUUCAUAUCUUACAAAUGUCUCAGCUGAUAUGCCAUUUCCCAUGGAACCAGCAUUUUUCAUGCACGGCAGAACCAGAAGACAUUCAGGCUAUUCAGCUGAACGUGAAUCAUAUUCAGACUUUACACUAAAAAAAUAUUGGAAAGAAAUGAUUGGGUGGAGACAAUCAGUCUAAUCUGUCAUGCGGAAUGCACAGUGCAGUAGGUUCAUCUAACACCAAACAUACUAGUCCAACUGCGUUGCAACUUGCAGCAGUACAACAUCACAGUUCGCACUAUGGUCCUAUCUUGCUUCAGUUUAUGUCGGAUUUGUCGCCUCGAGAUUGCAUAAUGUGUCUCAGUAGUAUUGUCUUGGAAGUCAAGGAGGAAGAGUUCAUGUAUCACAGUUACAACUAUAUGUAUGAGUUGUACCAUUUUAUAGAAUGGUAUCACCUGCAGCUGAAAGACUAGUUAGUCCUACAAAUUUUGCAAUUCAAAAAGGUAUUUCUAAAUAUUGUGGUUCUUUCUUUCAACUGUUAAUUUUACCUUCUCA